CCUCCGAGCGCUAUAAAAGAACGCUGCAUCUUCUCGGGAGUGAUUAGUUGCAAACUGGACUGUGGAGUCUGUCUAACGUAGCCCUGUCGUAAUCGUACUGGUUUCGUGCUCGUCGCUUUUUGUGCAUCGUAAAAAAGAAAACAUCAUGGCCAAGUUUAUGAUGACUUCCCUGCUGGUGUUGGCCAGCGUCGUCUUGAUGGUUAGCGCGCAAGGCUAUGGUGGUGGCCAUGGUGGUGGUAGCCACGGUGGUGGUGGACACCAGAGCGAGCACUUCGGAGGCGACCAGCACGGUGGUGGUGGUCACCAGAGCGGUGGCUUCCAGGGUGGUAAGCAAGGAUUCGGCGGUGAUCACCACGGAGGUGGCUUCCAGGGUGGUAAGCAAGGAUUCGGCGGUGAUCACCACGGAGGUGGCUUCCAGGGUGGUAAGCAAGGAUUCGGCGGUGGACACGGAGCCCACGGACACGGUGGCAAGAACGUGCAUGGAGGUGGUGGUGCUGGAGGACACGGCCAGGGCGGUGGAUUCGGACCAGGUCAGAGCGGUGGAUUCGGACACGGUCACAAUCAAAACCAUGGACACGGUGGUGGUCACGGUGGCUACAAAACGCAAGGCUAUUAAGUAGAAGUAUAGUAAUUGUUUAAGAACAAAAUAAAUUGUGAUUUGACUAUGUAA